AUGGCGAGCUACGUGGCCAACAAGGUGACCAAGCGGUUCGUCUCUGGCCAGGCGAAGCGGUACGAGCCCGAGGAUCCGCUGUACGAGUUCUACACGGGCAACGAUGGCAAGCAGAAGCGACGCAAGCGUGCCCUCCCUCCCGGUCUUACUCGCAAGCAGGCGAAGCUGCUCAAGAAGAUCAAGAAGCGCGCGCACUACCUCGACAAGGGCUUCUACGUGUGCGGGCUGCGCUUUGGCUGGACGUUCUUCAUCGGCCUCGUGCCUGGACUGGGAGACAUUACGGAUGCGAUCCUCAACUACACGCUCGUGGUGAAGCCGGUGCGACGCGAGCUGGACGAGGCGCCCGACUGGCUGGUGCGGCAGAUGCUGUUCAACAAUGCCGUCUCGGCAGGCAUUGGUCUGGUGCCUCUGGUGGGCGAUGUGGCUCUGGCGGCUUGGAGGGCCAACUCGAGGAACGCCAAGCUGCUCGAGGAGCUGCUGCGCGUGAGGGGCGAGGAGAACAUCGCCAACGGACUGCCUGACCUCACGCCCCGAUCGCCAAACGAUACGCAUCCCGGCCAGAGCGCCGCACAGAGCCACGUGCAGCAGUCUGGCGACGCAACCAGUUCGGCGGUGGGUAACGCUAGCACCGCUGGUAACUCGACGUCCAAUCUCGUUCACAACAACAAGGCGGGUUCGAACCAGGCCGCGUUCCAGGCUCCCGCAGCAGCAGGUCAGCAGCCCAUGCAGGACACCACGGCUGUACCCGCCUCGGGCGCCGCCACCAAGAAGUCGUGGUACUCCCGCAAGUAA